AUGGAAAAUAAGGGCCAGUCUUUGCCAACCUGCUGCCUCUCCUUCCCCAGGUUGUCUUUCUACUCGGGACACGCCUCCUUUGGGAUGUGCUGCGUGGUGUUCCUGGCGCGCUACAUGCAGGCGCGGCUCUGCUGGAAGUGGACGCAGCUGCUGUGGCCCACGGUCCAGUUCUUCCUGGUGGCCUUUGCCCUCUAUGUGGGCUACACCCGCGUGUCUGAGCACUGGAGUGACGUCCUUGCUGGUCUCCUGCAGGGGGCGCUUGUGGCUGGCCUCACUGUCCGCUACAUCUCAGACUUCUUCAAAGCCCGACCCCCACAGCACUUCCCGAAGGAGGAGGAGCUGGAAAGGAAGCCCAGCCUGUCACUGACAGUGACCCUGGGCGAGGCUGACCACAGCCACUCUGGGUACCCGCACUCCUCCUCCUGAGGCUGGAUGCCUCCCAGGCAGGGAGUGGCUGUGAGUCCAGCUGAGGCCGGCCCCCCAGGUGGUCCCUCUGGCCCUGGGUAGGCACUGAGGGCUCCGGACGGGCUCCAGCAACCCUGGGCUGACGUGAGCAGUGAGCAGGC